GCUUCUUAUGCUUGCCAUGCUUAUUGUGGUAACUUAAUUAUUGCUGCUAGGGCUUGUGCUGAGGAUGGUUCCUCCGAUACUGGUCCAUAUAUCGAAAAUUGUUUGUGUCCCUCUGACAGUGUCUCUAAUUUUAAAGCUCUUAUCGACAGUUGUUUAGAGUGUGGUUGGUGUUUAUGGAGUAAUUAUGGCAGUUUCUUAACUGCUCCAUUAGCUGCUUGUGGUAAUGUUCCAACUCAACCAACUGGUACUGAAUGU